AUGGCUAAUGAUCCGAAAGACGAGGAAGGUAAAGGAGUUGACCCUCUUGCCCGGUUACCCUUCGGAUGUUCCGUCUUGUGGCAGUUGAUCUUCUGGGGAAAACUUGUGUUUGUGCACUUCCGGGAUACUCCUUCUGACGGUAGCCAUCCCUUCGGUGGACACGUGGCUGGUAGUUGCAGUCCGCUGUGUGUCGAACUGGAUGGGUAUGAACCCCCCAUCAGGCUGGUGGCCCAUGCGCCGAGUGUUGAGAUGUACUUUUUGUUGGUCUUCUUUGGAGAUGUUGUCGUCCGGUCUGCGCCGGGGAUUUUGUUGGUGUUCGUCCAGCUUGCUUGUCCGCUGGGGAUUCUUUGUUUUUGGUCCUUUUGUGGUGAUCAUCCGACUCUUGCUGGCUGGAGGAUAUACAAAGGAAUUUAUAAGCAGGGUUGGCCAAGGUUGGCUAAACUGUAUAAGGGUACCACAAUCAUGCCUGUGAUCUCUGUUUCUCUGUUUUUCCUGGUCGCUUCAGUUGAGAUGCUCGAGCUCGGAGUGAAGAUCAUGUGUAGUCAGUCGGCUUUUGUGAAGGACGUAUCCUAG